GCCAUAGCGCUGCAGGAAUACUUUUAAGUACUGCAUAUUGUAUAUCUGAGAGGACAUUGUAAGGAAAGAGAAGACAAAAUAAACCUGUCUUCCCAAACAAUGUGCUGCUUUAUCUGAUCUUGGUGAUCUUGCACUCUGAUCCUUAACUUCGUCAUGCCGAUUAUCUCGGGAACUGGAGACCAGGACUACAGUAAUUUAAGCCUCAGUGACAGCAGUAGCCUUGAUCAUGAAUUUACCAGCAUCCCCGAAACUCAGACCAUCAAAGGGGUUUACUACCAAAGGGCCAGAAGACUAUACUCUAGAGAUAAGACAUACACAGUUGACCAGAAUCACCAGAUCAUUAUUAAUGUGGGAGGCAAUCGGUACGUUAUUCCAUGGAGCACCCUGGAUGAGUUUCCCCUCACACGUCUGGGUAAACUGAAAUUAUGCAGCAAUUAUGAGGAAAUUGUUCAGGUCUGUGAUGAUUAUGAUGAAAUUGCCAAUGAGUUCUUCUUUGACAGGAGCCCAUCUGCCUUCAGAGUGAUCUUGAACUUUCUUUCAGCUGGGAAGCUACGUCUUUUACGAGAGAUGUGUGCCUUGUCUUUUUACGAGGAACUUUCUUACUGGGGUCUCGAGGUGACUCACAUGGAACGAUGCUGCAAAAAAAAGUUGUACACCAGGCUGGAAGAUGUUGCAGAAAUGGAAAGACGAGAAGAAGCCCGUAGAAUCAAAAACCAUGAGCAUGUUCUGGUGGACAACACUAAAUAUGGCAUUUAUAUGAAUAAGCUGAGAGACAUGGUGGAAAAUCCCCAGUCUGGUCUCCCAGGAAAAGUAUUUGCCUGCCUUUCAGUCGUUUUUGUGGCCAUCACAGUUGUUAGCCUUUGUAUCAGCACCAUGCCAGAUUUAAGAGCAGAAGAGGACAGGGGAGAAUGUUCACAGAAAUGUUACAACAUGUUCAUCUUGGAAACUGUGUGCGUGGCCUGGUUCUCCCUGGAAAUCCUUCUUCGUUUCAUUCAGGCCAAGAGCAAAUUGGCAUUUAUUCAAAGACCCCUAAAUAUUAUCGAUGCCAUUGCUAUUCUUCCAUAUUAUGUUUCUUUGAUUGUGGAAGAUGAGAACCAAAUCAAGGAAAAGCCUGGGGGCAAAGGCUAUUUAGAAAAACUUGGGCUAGUGCUUCGAAUCCUGCGUGCCUUGAGGAUAUUAUAUGUCAUGAGGCUGGCGAGGCACUCUCUGGGGUUACAGACCCUGGGCCUAACUGUGAGGCGCAGCACAAGAGAAUUUGGACUGUUGCUUCUCUUUCUAUGCGUGGCAGUCACACUUUUCUCACCUCUAGUUUACUUAGCCGAGAGUGAAAUGAUGAAGAGCCAGGAGUUCUCCAGCAUCCCCGCUUCUUAUUGGUGGGCCAUCAUCUCUAUGACAACAGUUGGCUAUGGUGACAUGGUGCCAAGAAGCAUCCCGGGCCAGGUGGUUGCUUUGAGCAGCAUUCUUAGUGGGAUUUUGAUCAUGGCAUUCCCAGCCACAUCCAUUUUUCACAUGUUUUCUAGAUCAUAUUUGGAAUUAAAGGUGGAGCAAGAAAAAAUGCUGGAGAAGGAGAGACAUGCCCAAAACAGCACAAAUUUAACAGAGAGUGAGACAAUGGAGAAUACCCACAGUAUUGUGUCAGAAGAGGAAGAGGGGCCGCUGCCUCCGUUUGGCACUAACAACACAAGCCGUCACCCAUAAAGAGCCGUUUUCCCUCAAGCAUUAUGUUGCUGGAUGAUCAAACCACCCCAUUCUGAAAAAAUAUUAAUCCUUGCACUUCCAUCAUGGUGCCACAAAACAGUAUAAUACUGAAGCAAAUUUGGAUGAGGAAGCGUUUGUUAAAAAGGAUUCAAAUAGGAAAGCUAAGGGAUGACAUCUAAGAACCAAAAUUGUUAUGAACAACUUAUUAUUGAUUUAACUGUUAGCUUGGCAUACAGAAAUUGUUUUCAUUCAUAAUUUUUUCACUAACAAAUGAUUUUAAGGAGAGUUUACUUUCUUCUAGACAACGGCCUAAGCUACAAAAUCAUGCAUGAUAUUUUGGCAUAUGGGCUCCAAUGUUUACUGAGGAAAUUACUGUACCAAGAAUGAAGAGACAGCUCCAUUUACUAUGUUUGACUUGCAUAACGCUUGUGCUCUGUUAUUUCAUGUAUGGCUUUCCUAAAAUAAUCCUAUACCAGCAUCAUAAAAACUGUUUCUUAUUCCCAUGUACACUUCCUUAAUGUCUGAUAUAGAGAGAAGCCUUAAUACUUUCAGCUAAAACUAAAAUGUUUCAAAAACACCA